CUCUGACCGCGGAGCGACUCACUCACUGUCCGGAGGAAGCCGUGGCAGCUCGGACACCCUGCGAGCCACAGGAGGACACGGAGCGGAGCCUCGUUCACCUCUACCCGCGAGGAACGAUUUUACGAGACAUGCCCUCUUUUAUUUGACACUUUUGACAGAAGAACCGACGCUUUUCUUUGGUUAAAGUUAGCUUAUUUAGGUUGGAGGUCGAUACCUGCAUGAAUAGCUCAGGAUUACACAGGCUUUUGUUACUUUUAAGAAGUAAGAGAUUUUUUUAAAGGAGCCGAAAUUAACCUGGAUAGCCCCCUCCCUCACUCCCUGCCUCCCAAACUUCACUCACUGCUCGGUGUCGAUAUGUCUUGGAAUAACCGGGGCCUCUUAUUUGCCUUCGGUGUGUUGCUGUGUGUGUCAGCGGAGCAGCAGCAGGGCCAGAGCGGCUUCAGGAGGCUGUUCGUACUGCAGCCCGGGCCGGGGCCGGGGCCGGUUUCGGCCGGAGGGGACGGCGGGGUGCGGGUCAGCUCCAUCUCGACGCGUCAUGGCGCGGCGGGGCAACCGCACACGUACAACGUGGAGCUCACCGCCAACUUCGGGCGCCAGGUCCGGACCCGCAGGAUGGGGAACCAGGCGGCUCCGGUGCCCCAGUUCAGCCCGCAGCUGCCAUCAGUGGUCCGGCAGAGCGGACAGGAGCAGAGCCAGCAGCGGCAGGUUAUGAAGCUGCCCGGGGUGAACGUCUGUGGAGGGCAGUGCUGUCAUGGAUGGAGCCAAGUUCAGGGGUCACAGCGGUGCACAAAGCCCAACUGCUUCCCUACGUGCCAGAAUGGAGGAAUGUGCCUCAGGCCUCAGCUCUGUGUCUGUAAGCCUGGCUCAAAAGGGAAGGCAUGUGAACAGAAGACGGUGUCCACACACCCUUUUCCAGCGCCGCCUAGGAAUGAACCUACCAAUGGGCACAACCCUGGUCACACAAAUGGACACACUACUGGUCACACUAAUGGACACAGUGUAAUACCCCAGCGGCCCAUACCUCAGCAAGUGCCUCCCAGUGGGUACGCUUCUGCCCCCCCACCAGCUAGCAACAUGGCUCAGAUGAAACUAACUGUCAAGCCCUACCCUCAGCUUCUGCGACCACAGUAUGUGCAACAACACAUCCAACAGCACAUCCGGUCCAUGCCCAUGCACCCAGUUCAGAGCCAGCAGUAUGUUAUGAAGCCCAAAUACUACCACACACACACUACACACAGACAGACACAUGUUCAGCCCCAACCAGAGAGGCCAAUCCCCCUAAGAGUCGGACACAACCCCUACCCCGUGGGCAACCAUACGGGAAGGAUCAAGGUGGUCUUCACACCCACCAUCUGCAAGUUAACCUGCAUUGGAGGCAGGUGUCACAACAACUGUGAGCUGGGAAACACCACUACCAUCAUCAGUGAGAAUGGCCAUGCCACAGACACCCUGACAGCACCCAACUUCAGAGUAGUGGUUUGUCACCUUCCAUGUAUAAAUGGUGGAAAGUGCAGCUCUAGGGACAAGUGUCAGUGUCCUCCCAACUUUACUGGAAAGUUCUGCCAGAUGCCGGUUCAGAAUGGGCGACAGCAGCAGGCAGGCGGCUACAGCCAAACUCAAGUCCACUCCACACACACGCUGCCACUGACCUACAGCAACAGCCAGAGUAACGUGUUCAAUCCCAGUGUCGUCAACAUCCAUAUCAAACAUCCUCCAGAAGCCUCUGUCCAGGUUCACCAGGUGUCCCAGCUGGACAAUUUCCACAACAACGGCCACCAGCUGAAAGGUUCCCAGUCAGGCUCCUCUUCAUCUACCAGCUACAACUACCACCUCACAGACAGCAGCCAGAAGAUCCAGCACCACGGAUAUAACAUAGUUUAUCCGGGCCAGCACGGCUACCAGGUCCCCACGUACCAGCCUGUUACCUCCAAGAACACACUGGGCCGCUGCUUCCAGGAGACUACAGGCAGUCAGUGUGGGAAGGCUCUGCCAGGUCUCAGUAAGCAGGAGCAGUGCUGUGGAACCAUUGGAACAUCCUGGGGUUUCCACAAAUGCCAGAAGUGUCCAAAUAAACCAUCUAUCCCUCUGAUAGACUGUCCUCAGGGCUACAAGAGAAUCAACAGCUCUCAUUGCCAAGAUUUGGAUGAGUGCCAGCUACAGGGUGCGUGUCCAAAUGGAAACUGUCUGAACAGCGUUGGCAGCUACAGGUGUAUGUGUAAACCUGGCUAUGUCCCUGACCCAACACUCACCACUUGCAUACCCGACACUCCUGCCAUCCAAGAGGAGAAGGGGGCUUGCUUCCGUUUGGUCAGCUCAGGCAGACAGUGUUUGCACCCAGUUUCUGCCCAGCUGAGUAAACAGCUCUGCUGCUGCAGUGUGGGCAAAGCCUGGGGCCCUCACUGUGACAAAUGCCCCCCUCCGGGAACAGCUAAGUUCAAAGAGAUCUGUCCUGGUGGAAUGGGCUACACUGUUCUACCAAAUCCACCUGUCAAUAAGCCGGUCACUGUUUACCAGCAGCCCAUUGACCUGCAACCCCCCCAGCCCCUGCCAACGCCAGAGAGGCCGGUGGAGGCUUUUGGGAAACCAGAGGAGAUGAUACCAGAGGUGGUCGAGAGGAGUUCUCCACCUGCACCAGUGGAGAUCCUCCCAUCUAACGCAGGCCAGGACAUCGCCCCCACCCAGUCAACUGAAGUGAAUGAGUGCCAGAUCAACCCUUACAUUUGUGGCCAGGGGAUUUGUUACAACACCGCUGAGGGCUACAUCUGCCACUGUGAUGAAGGAUACCGCCUGGAUGAUGCCCAAACCACCUGUGUCGAUUUAGAUGAGUGUUUGGAAAGCCCAUCUUUGUGCGUUGGCGGUGACUGCAAGAACACAGAGGGCAGUUUCCUGUGUGUGUGUCCAUGGGGAUUCCUGAUUGAUGAAGAGGGAACCAGUUGUGUUGAAAUCGAUGAAUGCAUAGACACAACAGUGUGCCCCUCUGGCAUCUGUUUCAAUGUGCCAGGGAGUUACAACUGUGGUUCUUGUCCUGAUGGCUUUGUGGCACAGGGAGGCCGGUGUGCAGAUAUAGAUGAGUGCCAGGAUCAGCGGGUCUGUACCAGAGGCCACUGUCUAAACACUGAAGGCUCCUUUAUCUGUGAGUGUGGUCCAGGCUUCAGAGUGUCAGCGACUGGAGACGAGUGUGACGAUGUGGAUGAGUGUGUGGAGGAAGCCAGGCCCUGUGAGGCUGUAGGGGAGUGUGUGAACAACAUGGGCUCCUACACCUGUACCUGCCCACGGGGAUACCAGCAGAUCGAUGGUACCAGCUGCAGAGAUGUUGAUGAGUGUAUGGAUGAGUCAGAACUCUGUUCCCCCAAUGGCGAGUGUCUCAACACAGAAGGAUCCUAUUUGUGUGUGUGUGAGAGUGGAUUUACCGCCAACCUCGACACCCCCUCCUGUGAUGAUAUUGAUGAGUGUGGUCUCAAUGAGACACAAUGUGGCUCUCACGGCUUCUGUGAGAACAGACUGGGCUCCUUCCGAUGCUUCUGUGACCAGGGCUACCGGGAGACCGAGGAUGGCCAAGGCUGUGUGGAUUUGAAUGAGUGCAAGUUGCUGAGCAGCGUGUGUGGAGAAGCUCAGUGUGUGAACAUGGAUGGUUCCUUCCGCUGCAUGUGUCCCAGCGGCCAGGACUAUAACGUCAUGAUCGCCAAGUGUGAGCCUGUUCCGACAGCGUCGUCGGUAGAGCGUAAGGAGUGCUACUAUCAUCUGAAUGAUGAGAAUCUGUGUGAGAGUGUGCUGACCAGCCACGUCACCUUGCAGGAGUGCUGCUGCACGCUGGGAGCUGGCUGGGGUGACAACUGUGAGGUACAUCCCUGCCCUGUCAAUGGCACAGACCACUUUAACCAGAUGUGUCCAUAUGGAAGAGGUUUUUUUCCCAGUGCUGACUUGCUGUAUGGAGUACCCACUGCUGACACUUACAAGGAUGCAGAUGAAUGUACACUGUUUGGCCAGGAGGUGUGUAAAGGAGGCUUCUGUCUGGAUACUGUGGGAAGCUAUGAGUGUUACUGCAAGACUGGACAGGACUACGACCCUUCCAAGCUGGAGUGCAGAGACAUCAAUGAGUGUCUUGAUGAGUCUGUGUGUGUCGGUGGACAAUGUAUGAACACAGAUGGCUCAUUCAUGUGUUUCUGUACACAUCCAAUGGUGUUGGACCCCAACAGUAACCAAUGUGUCUUCAUUCCUGAGGUGGCGGAGCAACAUGAGACAGAGCAGAUCGACUACCAGGGGAUCUGCUGGCAGACGGUUACAGAGACCAUGACGUGCACACAGCCGCUGGGUCGCAACAGGAAGACCACAUACACAGAGUGCUGCUGUCUGUAUGGAGAAGCCUGGGGCAUGGACUGUGCCCUGUGUCCCCCGAGAAACACCGAGGAUUAUGCAUCCAUGUGUAACAUACCUCUGGGUGGUGGGCGACGGCCAUAUGGCCAUGAUGCCCUCACUGCUGGCCCAGUCCAUGAAUAUGAAGUGAGGCCAGACUACUCUCCAUCACCUGAGCAGGAGGCUGUCCUGCCCUUCUAUGAGAACCAGGAGCAUCCAUUCAAAGCAUUUGAGGGUUUGCGAGCAGAGGAGUGUGGGAUACUGAAUGGCUGUGAGAAUGGCCGGUGUGUGCGGGUUCAGGAGGGAUACACCUGUGACUGCUUCGAUGGAUACACCUUGGACCUGUCCCGCAUGACCUGCAUUGAUGUGAACGAGUGUUCAGAACUGAACAAUCGGAUGUCGCUGUGUAAAAACGCAAAGUGCAUCAACACAGUGGGCUCCUAUCAGUGUGUCUGUCUGCCAGGGUUCACUGCUUCUGACAAACCCAACUACUGUGUGGAGGUUCCAACACACCACACAUCAACACACACACAGGCUUGCGGACACUUGGAUGACACCACACGAGCUGUAUGAAGGCAUGUUGUGUUUUUUCUGUUGUUUUACUACAUCUGAAGUGUAGGUCACCAUUGAUUUCAAAUGUAUUGGAUUCUGCUGCAACACUGUUUACACCUGAGACUCUAUAAGUGUUUUGUGGACUCAAACACUUCACCCAUCCCUUCAUCGGCAUAGUGGUGACUAAAAUUACUGUAUAUAAUCUUAUCAUCUAAUGAGAAAUGAACAUCCAAAGCGUGAAUACCACAAAAAGGUAAACAGGAUAAACACAGUUCCAUUUGAAGGUGGCAUCAUUCAGCUAAAGUACCGUACAUGCAAUUGACAGCAUUUCUCAUUCGCAUUCAAUUUUUGUCUGUAAGGCAGUAACAAGGUCAUUCGUUCUACUGCUUUAUGCUAAUGUUUAACAGAUGAAAUGUUCAACAUGUUAAACAUCUUUUUUUUAUUGUGUUAGCAUCUGCCAAAUAGCAAAUCACAGCUGAGGCUGAUGGAAAAACCAAAGAGUAAUGGACACAUUCUAAUUUUGAAAUGAUAGUAAGGAAAAGUUAGAGGAUCAAACAGUUGCUGUAGUUCAUCCUGACCGGAGCAUUACUUUGAUAGUACUUGAUGGUAAUACAGCUAAUUUCUGAGUUGUUACCCAAAUCCAAAGUAAGUUGGACCAAAACGGUGGAUGUACUUACACUGUCAUUCUUAAGGCCACACCACCAGUGUGGAUAAUAAGCUUGGGAACCGCUACUUUACAGACUAUUAUGCUGCCUUAUGCUUCCACUUCCCUCCACAUGUAUUUUUUCACUUAAUUCAACAUUUGAUGGAGUCGCUGACAAGCCAUUUAUUAUCAUGUUUAAAACUGGGAUGUAAAUGCUGAGAUGAAGCUGGGAAACAUUGACAUAGAUCCUUGAGGAGACUGUUGUUCCUUAAAAGUAUAGAAAUACAACAAACACACACACACGCACACACAGACAUACACUUACUUAAUCAAAGCCCAUAUAUUCUGCACUGUAUAAAAUACACACUAAAUGAAACAAACAGUAAGUUACUUGAGAUGAAGAUUCAACUUAAUCUGCUCUUUGGUGUCAUCGUAUUUUGGUGAUAGAAACACAGAACUGUAUAAAAUGUAUGUUGCUUUUCUAAGUUUAUUUCUUAUUUUGUAAAUGGAGAUUUACGUGUUACACAAGGCCGUAUUGCUCUUUUAACAAAUUGACAAACCCUUUGGACUUGUGCUGGGGGAUCCAGUUUCAUGUUGUACCCAGUCGAACUGAUUGUGGAUAUUUAAUUCUGUGAAGAGGUCAGCUGUUUGCUCCUCCUCUUCCUUUUUGCCAUCACUCUGUCUGCCAUUAAGAAAAGCCUGUUACCACGCUACACUUCUUUUGUAAAAUGCAUCCUAAAUCUACUUGUUGUUUCCUGUUUCUUACAAAGAGCUUAAAGACUUUUUGUUACCUGGUAUUCCUUCCUCCUUGUGUCUAUGUGUUGAGAUGACUGAACUGUUUUAUUUUCCAUACUUCUCUUUACUACAUUUCACUGCUAAGUCUUGCCAGUUGGCAAAGCUGCUAUGGGACAGAAGAAACUUGUGUACAUUUAAACAAAAGAGUGGAGAACAUAGCUAUGUGUUUGUAAUUUGUACAUGGGUAAAUAUCUUUUUCUAUGAAUAAGUAAUACAAUGUAUAUUAAACCCCUUGGUAUUAAACCACAAAUUGUGAUAUUUAAA